AUGCCAGACCAACGUAUGGAAUUCUCUGUAGUUGCCGCCCUCAUCCGCCUGGGCCACAAGUACCAGAUGACUGCUCUUCGUGACGCCGCACUCGCACGCCUACAGACGUGCUUCACGACCAGCUUCGCCGUUUGGGCCGAGCUCACGCGCUACGAGCCGCACAGGAGCGCAUCGAUGAGCUUCCGGCGCCGCGACGCCAUUGCCGUGGUCAACCUCGCGCGGCUUACCGGCACCGCCUCCGUGCUGCCCGGCGCGCUGUACCUCUGUUGCCAACUCAGCGCGCAGGAGCUCGUGUCUGGCGUGCAUGGGCCCGACGGCGUGUGCGAGCGGCUAGCGCCUGAUGACCUCGCGCGGUGCAUCGACGGCCGGUCCGCACUCUUGUCGCACACGGCACACGUUGUCGCGCGAAUCCUAUCCCCCAGCGUGAGCGUGCAUUGCUUCGAGCCGCCGGCAUGCCGCGUGACCCUUGAGGCGUGCCUACAGUCUUUCCAAUCGCCGGAGUCGAAGGCGCUCCAGUCGCACGACGUGUUGCAGUCGUGGGAGGACGCGUUCGACACAUACGGCGUCCCUAUGGAGCGGCUGUGCGAGAAGUGCUUCGAUCUUUUGUGGCUGAGGGAGUUUCAGGAGAGGCAGAAGAUCUGGAAGAUACUGCCUGAAUUGAUGGGCGUGGAAGUGCCGGACUGGCUAGCGAAGUCCGAGAUCGUCUCCGCGAGGCGGCCAACAUUCACAGUAACGGGAGACGAUAUUGAAGCUGACCGGUGCUUGGUCUCCAAUAGGUUCCGUCGCCACAGGCAGGGGCACUGUUAUCGACCCGCCGUCAUGAUCCAAACGCCAACUCUCACAGCCGCCCGUUGCCUGAUAUGGAGGCCAAGGCGGUUGCUAAACCCGGGCCUCAUGUGGGAUCUAAUCAGGCACGUGAAUGACUAUGCUCGCGCGUCUGAAGACCCGGAGACACAAAGGGAAUGGAAUAGAGUGGCGUUAGCCUUGGGCAUCAUUGCUCGGGUGCCAUCGGCAAGCAUGCUGACAUUCCUGCCUUUUCUGAACCACUCUCGGCUGGACGCUGUCGUUCGCUGUGCAUCGUCUACUGUGGCCACUGCUUCUCAGCGCAUUGAGACCGAGGCGAGAACAUGA